AUGGAAUCAGCCGAGAUUCGACAGCGCAACCCAGUCAAAGAUACCAGCGAGCUCCAGAGACUCUCCACCAAACCCCCCUCAGAGCCUCGCCUCAAGCAUGGCGUUCCCAUGCAAGUCCUACGGUCCCUGCUGCUGGCAACGUGGUUUAACAGCUGUUGUAUGGCCAUUUGUGUGACGCAAUUGAUCGGCUCCCCACUAUAUUUUGUCAACAAGGAUUGGUAUUAUUCAUAUAUGGCAUACACGAAACAAUGCUUUGGGCUGGUCAUCACGGCUGCUACCCAUUGGGCCUCCCCGACGCUCUUCCGGGUGAGCGGUGAUGAAAGUGUCCGUGGUCAAAUUCAUCUCUCGAAAGAUGGAUUACUGGAGACAUGUUUCCCAGAACGCCUAGUCAUGAUCUCGAACCACCAGGUCUACACCGACUGGAUCUACCUCUGGUGGGUUGCAUAUACAAACACCAUGCACGGCCGCAUCUUCAUCAUCCUAAAGGAGUCGCUUAAGUAUAUUCCCAUUGUGGGCACGGGCAUGAUGUUCUACGGUUUCAUCUUCAUGGCUCGCAGGUGGCAGUCUGACAAACCAAGGCUUCAGCAUCGAUUGGAGAAGCUCAAGACACGGCUUACUGGAUCUAACUCAGCCCGCCCACAGUUUGAUCCAAUGUGGCUUCUAAUUUUCCCCGAGGGAACAAACCUGUCCACCAAUACAAAGGGCCGCAGUGACGCCUUUGGAAAAAAAAUGGGUCUGCCAUCUUUCAAACAUCAGAUUCUUCCGCGUUCUACCGGUCUGUUCUUCUGUCUCCAGCAAUUGCGAGGAACCAUAGACUGGGUGUAUGAUUGCACCAUCGCCUAUGAAGGACCACCUAAGGGAAGCUACCCCGAUAAAUACUUCACACUCCGCUCCACAUUCUUACAAGGAAGACCGCCAACUUCGGUCAACAUGCAUUGGAGACGUUUCGCCGUUUCUAAGAUUCCUCUUGAUGACCAGAAAGACUUUGAGGCCUGGCUGACACAGCGUUGGGCCGAGAAGGAUGAACUCAUGGAUGAAUACUUCGAAACAGGUCGUUUCCCGUCAGAUUUGGCAGGUUCAGUCAGGGCCGAUGACGCAGUAGAUGGACAGGCAGUUGCUGCGUCGGCUGGCUAUGUAGAGUCCUACGUCCGUUUGCACCAUUGGAUCGAGCUUGGUCUGAUCUUUGUGGUCCUGCUCAGCCUUGCUCUCAUUUGCAGAUUCAUCACCAGCUGGUUGUGA